UCUCGGGGGAGUUGGCAGAAUGGACGCACUGUGACCACGCUCGCCUCUCUAGGAUUGCCUCAUUUUCUUUUUCCUCCACCGCGUCUUUCUUUUCUUGGCAAACCACGGGAACCCCUCUCGCGUUUCAGGACUCAGCGAUGAUGAGAGAAGGAUGGAGCGCUCGAUAUGUGAUGGUGUCUGUGAUCACACUGUGGCUGACAAGGUCUAAAGCAGACUCCAAUUCCACAAGCACCUCCAAAGACAUCACAACCUUCACCAAGAUCCUGGACAGUCUGCUGGACGGAUAUGACAACAGACUGAGACCUGGCCUGGGUGACCGAGUAACGGAGGUGAAGACUGACAUCUAUGUGACCAGUUUUGGCCCAGUGUCUGACACAGAUAUGGAGUAUACAAUAGAUGUUUUCUUCCGUCAGAGUUGGAAGGAUGAACGCUUGAAGUUUCAUGGACCAAUGAACAUUCUGCCACUCAACAACCUGAUGGCCAGUAAGAUCUGGACCCCUGACACUUUCUUCCACAAUGGCAAGAAAUCUGUGGCGCACAAUAUGACCAUGCCCAACAAGCUACUGAGAAUUAUGGAGGAUGGAACCUUGCUCUACACUAUGAGGCUAACGGUUCAAGCUGAAUGUCCCAUGCACCUAGAGGACUUCCCCAUGGAUUCUCACUCAUGUCCCCUUAAGUUUGGCAGUUAUGCCUACACAAAGACAGAGGUCACUUACAUCUGGACUCGAAAUGCCUCCCAGUCAGUGGAUGUUGCAGCUGAUGGAUCCAGACUCAACCAGUAUGACUUAGUGGGCCAGAGUGUGGGAAAGGAAACCAUUAAAUCCAGUACUGGUAAAUACACAGUCAUGACAGUUCACUUCCAUCUGAAGAGAAAGAUCGGCUACUUUGUAAUCCAGACAUACUUACCCUGUAUCAUGACAGUCAUCCUCUCACAGGUCUCCUUCUGGCUCAAUCGAGAGUCAGUGCCAGCCAGAACUGUUUUUGGCGUUACUACAGUUCUCACAAUGACGACACUGAGCAUCAGUGCCCGUAAUUCACUGCCUAAAGUGGCCUAUGCCACAGCUAUGGACUGGUUCAUCGCUGUCUGUUACGCUUUUGUCUUCUCUGCACUCAUUGAAUUUGCGACAGUCAACUACUUCACCAAGCGAGGCUGGGCCUGGGAUGGGAAGAGUGUUGUCAAUGACAAGAAAAAAGAAGCAUCUAUCAUGAAGAAUAACAAUGCCUAUGCUGUAGCUGUCGCUAACUAUGCUCCCAAAAUUACAAAGGACUCCACGCUACCCACCAUCUCCAAGUGUUCCAUGAAUGAACACAACAAGACCAAGGCAGAGACCAAGCCAGAGCAGAAUAGGAAGACCUUCAACAGUGUUAGCAAGAUAGACCGUAUAUCUCGCAUCAUGUUCCCUGUGCUGUUCGGGAGCUUUAACCUGGUCUACUGGGCCACCUACCUGAAUAGAGAAUCAGUCAUUAAACAUCUGGAUCUUACCAAAUAAACUGCAGGGAUGAAUUCUCAACACAAAGCCUAUUCUAGAUCUAGAUUUAUAUUAUAUUGGUAUUGGAUGAAUUAUCUCAAUUUUGCAUUAAUUCAGGUACACAACAUAACUGGGUUACAAUAAACCUGAGAGCCUUACUUAGUUAGUUGUCCAUGUGCAUUCAGUUGCUUAAUAUUAGAAAACAACACUGUCGUAUAGACAGAGAUGCCACCUUAUCAAAUGAAAAUAAACAGCUGUGAUUACAGCUGAUCAAUCAAAAUAAGAGGACACAGGUUUUCAGACCUACUCCAUGUAGAAUUGUGAAUGUUAUUGUGUUUUAAUAGAAACCAUGACUCCCCCAAUUUGCUUCUAUAUUUGGUUAUGUUCUGUCAUUGCCUGGACCAAUAUGGUGUGUCAUCUGCAUACAAAGUGUAAGUGAAUGAGAAAGAGAGAGUGCUCAGUGCACACUGUGUCCAUAACUAAGCCAUAAAGACAGCCAGCGGUGGCUACCCAUUACCAUUUAAUUCAUGUUGAUGUGAUUUGACAUUGGUCUUGUGUGGCCCACUUCACAUGUUGCUAUCAGUGAAGUGGGCUCCAUGACACUCAGGAGUCUUUAGGCCCGGUCUGGGCAUCCACACUCACACAUUAAGAUAAACUUUUAUUUUAGGUUUACAGAAUAAAGGAUCUGCGUUAUUGCCCAAAAACAUACCUGAAUUUGCAUAAAUCCAUUUAUUUUUUAUUUUAUAUUUAUCCACUUGUUCCUAUGGCCUUACAUGAAUUAUAUCACUGAAGCAGAACCAGCAUUUUGGUAACUUCAUGGUAACUGGACACUUAACACCAAGAGCAAAUUUAACCUGUGGGGGACAUUAACCUAUUCCACCUCAAAAGGAAUGAUGUGAUCAUUCACUGUCUUCUCAGAGUCAGAGACUUAGGAUGAUCAUUCAUUGCAGGAAGAGAGCAAUCCUGAAACCAUGUUGCCGCUGCAGCCGCCAAAGAACUAUUUAACUGCUGCUUCCACCUGUGCUUUGGAAGUUGCACCCAUAAUUUCUCCAGUAGCGGCUCCAGAAAGAUGGAUGACAAAUGAACACUGGCAGCAAUUGGUUUUGCAACCCUCUGAUGAGUCUGUGAGCACAUACUUCAAUGGAGUUUGCAUUUCACAUUUGGCAAGACAUGGUGUGUUUGUAUUUUGAAAUGUGUUUGUAUUUUGAAAUGUUGUGUUAAAUUGCCUGAAUAUUAUCUAAAUAUGUGGACAAGGUAAUGUAGCACAAAACACAUUAAUGGUGUA